AACAAUGAGAGCAAAGGAAAGAGUAGUGUGUGUGUAUAUAUCACAUCGAGUUGAAGAGCUAAAGAUAUACAAAUCGAAAAGAGUGAGAGAGGCUGCAUACAGCAUCUCAGCACUAUUGCUUCUAGGAAAGUGGCUCUGCUGCUGCUUGAACCAAACAAUUGCCCUUCUCCAGUACAGGCCAAGCAAAUUGCAAUAGAUGGGAGAAAUUCGUUCACCAUAUUUUUCACUUGCCCAAUAUUACUAUGGAGAUAAUCCUGAUAUUCAUUCACCGUACUUUUCAUAUGGCGGAGAGGACUAUCAUGGAGAUAAUGCCGAAAUUCAUCCACCUUAUUCUUCCGCCGGAGACUAUCAUGGAGAUAAUGCCGAAAUCCAUCAAACAUAUUAUUCAGCCGGAGACUAUGCCGAAAUUCAUCCACCAUAUUCUUCAGCCGGAGACUACUUUGGAGAUAAUGCUGAAAUUCAUUCACCAUAUUCUUCAGCCGCAGACUACCUUGCAGAUAAUACUGAAAUUCAUUCUGAAGCAUUGUUUCAUCAAGAUAUUUAUGGAAAUUCAUACAAUGCACAACAAUUUGUUAAGCAUGAAAAAGUACUCCGUCCUGUUAGAGUAGCAUUGAAAUAUGAACAAGAGAGUGAUGUGUGCAUCUACAGAGUUGGCGAUCACCAAUCAAAAAAAGCCAUGUACAGUCCUCAACAAAUUUCUAUAGGCCCUUUUCACCACGGCAACAGAAAUCUGCGUUUCAUGGAAAGGAAAAAGUAUGAAUACUAUGAACAGUUCUGGGAAGACAGGGUGUCAAAGGAAAGGGAACGGAAAGGGGCUGAGGACGAGUUUUGGGAUGCCCUGGAAGAAGAUAAAAAUAAGAUCCACCAAUGUUAUGAAGAUGGUUCCCGUAGAAUUAAAAUUUCUCAACGCUUUCUGGGUCUGAUUCUGUACGAUGCUGUAUUCAUCUUGGAGCUAUUCCUCAAGUACAGAGAAGGUAGAGAGAAGUAUAUAAAAGAUUCUAUAUUGAAAGAAACAUGGUUGAGGGCGGCGAUUCGACGGGACUUGAUUUUGCUUGAAAAUCAGCUUCCGUUCUUUAUUCUUGAGAAAUUAUAUAAACUUCUUCCAGAAAACAUUAAAAGAGAAAACACGGAAUUUAAAACUCUUGCUUGUUUCUAUUUUGAACGCCACUUUCCAAAAAAAUCCUCUUCUGCAGAAACAACGCCAUUGCAUUUCACUGAUUUGGUAAGAUCUUUACUAUCCUUCACUGGAAAUGGCAAGCCUGUGGAACAAAUCAAAAGCUUUCACAGUGCAACCAGGCUCCGCCAAGCAGGAGUUAAGUUUAAGGUUCCACGAGAACAAGAUCACUGCUUACUUGAUGUAGAUUUCCGUAGAUUGAGAAAAGAGUUUCACAUACCACAGCUUCAGAUACACGGCGACACUGAAAGUCUCUUCAGAAACCUUAUGGCCUUGGAGAAGCGUCUUUAUCCAGGACAAGAGUACAUCUGCCAUUACAUCAACCUGUUGAGUAUUCUUGUCGUCAAACCUAAAGACGCGAAACUCCUAAUGGAAAAUAAAAUUGUAACUUAUUGCAAAGACGAAGUUGCAGUGAGGGACCUGAUUUGCAGUCUUGCAUCAUCAAGCACGACUGAUCUCCAUUCCUGUUAUCACGACAUCUUUUCGGCGGUGGAUGAUUAUUAUAAAAGCUCCUGGGCCAAAAACCCCGCAUACUUUAUAGAGGAGUUUUUCGGGAAUUUUUGGAAAGGUGUUGGAACGGUUUGUGCAGCUAUCCUCCUCAUCCUCACUUUGGUACAAACAAUUUGUGCGAUCCUUGGCCUGCGCUAGUACUCCAAGCGUGGAUCAAGUCAAUCCAGAGCCUGUGUAGUUUUAUUUCUCCUGUUUGUUGGCUUUUGUUGUGUUGUGCUGUGGAUUUUAUGUUUCCUGUGCAGUCAAUAAACACACAUUCUCUCUU